AUGGAAACCCCGAAGGAUAACAGUGGAGGAUCAAAACCGACGGGGAGCGGUGGUUCAGGUACGGGUGGAAGCAGCGACGGCGGGGGCCGGUCACAGGGAGGCGAGUACGGUAGAGGAACCAAUUGGAGACUCUCAGAGGCGGAUAAGCUGGAGGCAGCGGUGGUAGCCCUUGAAGGCGACACCCUUCUGUGGUUUCAGUGGGAACACACUCGUCGACCGGUGACGCGAUGGAAGGAGAUGAAAUCGCUGUUAUUGAGGCAGUUUCGACCGACUAACGCAAGUACGUUACAUCAACAAUGGCUCGCCCUAACUCAGACCGGGUCGAUUUUAGAGUACCAGCGGGCAUUUAUUGAACGACUUGCACCGCUAAGCAACAUACCCGAAGACAUCACUUUGGGCCAAUUCCUCAAUGGGCUAAAUGGUGAAAUUAGGUCGGAGGUCCAGUUAUUGAGCCCCAUGUCCGUUGAAAACGUCAUGACGAUGGCUAUCAAGGUCGAACAGAAGCUUCAAUCCCAACUUAAACGCAAACCACAUCCCUCUCCUGUCACCCAGCGAACGAACACCACUGGAAGCAUAUCAGGAACACCCUUGAUUACUCCCAUUAAAACUACCAUCUACUCUUCCAAGAGCAUAGCGCCACCUCCAAUUUAUACCCCGGCGAGCCAGACGGUGAACAAUCGAGUAUCAGGGGAAGUAAGAAGUGCACCCACCAUUGCAGUUCACCUAUCAGAGAAGGAGGCACAAAAAGAUUCCCACUUCUGUGGGGACCAGAAAUACCCACGAUGGCAGUACCAGGUUGGUGGGACAGCAGGGGUAAAUUGGGAAAUAAGGCAGACCCUCUGUUAUGAUGCUUCUAAUAGCCUAUGGAGCAAUACAAACGACAAUGAAGAUGAUCUUACUUAUGUGUUUAAUGAAACUACCCCAGCAAUGUCCUUUGAGGAUUUGGCUUAUCAAGACAAUGGUAAUCUAUAUCAUUGA